CCGAGUGCGCCGAUGUCCGACGACGGGGAGGGAAGCGAUGGCGGCGAGAAAGAGCGUCGCUCCGCGUCUCCCUCCGCACCUUUGCGCGUCCACCGAGGAUCGCCUCCCCGCCGGGACCUCUUCUCCUCGGCCUCUCCGCUCCUGGAGCACACGGAGCCGCCUUACCUGGCUUCGACGGACUGUCUUCACUCGUCCCCGCAGAACUCCCCUCAGCUCACGCCGCCAAAGUUCCGCAACCGCAGCGGGGACUCUCGGCGCCGCUACGCGCACCUCGACGUGGUGUGCGAGCGCCGCGACGAGCCGCCGUCGCCCCCCUGGACCGGACGCGGCUCCGGGAAGGACGGGGGCCUUCAGCACCGCGGACAGCGACCCUCCGAAGCCCCCGAAGCCCCCGAAGCGCCGGACUGCGGGAGCCGCCGCGCCACUGAGCACACCGACACCGAGCACAACUCCGACAACCGGCAAUCGGUGGAGGCUAUGCACCGCCGGCACACCACGCUGAGGGAGAAGGGGCGUCGCCAGGCGGUCCGGGGCCCGGCGUACAUGUUCAACGAGCGCGGUUCGGCUCUCACCGCGGAGGAGGAGCGUUUUCUAGAUGCGGCCGAGUACGGGAAUAUUCCCGUCGUGCGUAAAAUGCUGGAAGACUCCAAAACUCUCAACUUCAAUUGUGUGGACUACAUGGGCCAGAAUGCAUUGCAGCUGGCCGUCGGAAACGAGCAUCUGGAGGUCACCGAGCUGCUCCUGAAGAAGGACGGCUUGGCUCGGAUCGGAGACGGCCUCCUCCUGGCUAUUUCCAAGGGUUACGUCCGCAUCGUAGAAGCCGUCCUGGGCCACCCUGCCUUUGGCGGGGGUCUGCGCCUGGCUUCGAGUCCCCCGGAGCAGGAGAUGCGCGAUGACGACUUCUACGCUUACGAUGAGGAUGGAACGCGUUUCUCGCACGAUGUCACACCCGUCAUCCUGGCUGCUCACUGCCAAGAGUACGAGAUAGUCCAUAUUCUCUUGACCAAAGGGGCUCGCAUAGAGAGGCCUCACGACUACUUCUGCAAGUGCUCCGAGUGUGUGGAAAAACAGAAAAAGGACUCGUUCAGCCAUUCACGCUCGAGGAUGAACGCCUACAAGGGCCUGGCCAGUGCAGCUUACCUGUCACUCAGCAGCGAAGAUCCGGUCUUGACCGCCCUGGAGCUCAGCAACGAGCUGGCCAGACUGGCCAACAUUGAGACGGAGUUCAAGAAUGACUACCGUAAGCUGUCAAUGCAGUGUAAAGACUUUGUGGUGGGGGUGUUGGACCUCUGUCGGAACACUGAGGAAGUGGAAGCCAUUGUGAACGGCGACGUCGACCUGUGCCCGCCGAGCCCCUACAACCGACCCUGCCUCAGCCGUGUCAAACUGGCUAUCAAGUAUGAAGUGAAGAAGUUUGUCGCCCAUCCGAACUGUCAACAGCAGCUACUGACUAUUUGGUAUGAGAACCUUCCUGGUCUCAGGCAGCAGUCGGUUGGCGUAAAAUGCUGGACCGUGCUCGGUGUCACCGUUGGCCUGCCAUUCUUGGCUGUUGCCUACUGGAUCAUGCCAUGUAGCAAGCUGGGUCAGAUCCUGCGAAGCCCAUUCAUGAAGUUUGUGGCCCACGCGGUCUCCUUCACUACCUUCUUGGGUCUACUGGUCGUCAACGCCUCCGACCGCUUCGAGGGCGUGAAGAACUUGCCCAACGAGACCAUCACGGACCACCCGCGGCAAGUUUUUCGGGUCAAGACCACUCAAUUUUCCUGGACCGAGAUGUUGAUCAUGAAGUGGGUGUUGGGUAUGAUUUGGUCCGAGUGCAAGGAGAUCUGGAGCGAUGGGCCCAGGGAGUACGUCAUGCACCUGUGGAACGUUCUGGACUUCGGCAUGCUCUCCAUCUUUGCGGCAUCCUUCACGGCACGUUUCAUGGCGUUCCUCAAGGCAUCGAAAGCCCAGCAGUACGUGGACAUGCAUGUGCCGGAUGAAGACCUCAGCAACGCCUCGCUGCCUGACGAGGUGGCCUACUUUACAUUCGCCAGGAACAAGUGGCGCCCGUCAGACCCUCAGAUCAUCUCCGAGGGUCUGUACGCCAUCGCGGUUGUGCUGAGCUUCUCGCGCAUCGCCUACAUCCUUCCGGCCAACGAGAGCUUCGGCCCGCUGCAGAUCUCGCUGGGCCGCACGGUCAAAGACAUCUUCAAGUUCAUGGUCAUCUUCAUCAUGGUGUUCGUGGCCUUCAUGAUCGGCAUGUUCAACCUGUACUCGUACUACCUUGGAGCCAAGUACAAUCCGGCCUUCACCACCGUCGAGGAGAGUUUUAAGACUCUUUUCUGGUCCAUCUUCGGGCUGUCAGAAGUGAUCUCCGUGGUGCUGAAGUAUGACCACAAGUUCAUCGAGAACAUUGGUUACGUGCUGUACGGGGUCUACAACGUCACCAUGGUGGUUGUCCUUCUCAACAUGCUCAUUGCCAUGAUAAACAGCUCGUACCAGGAGAUCGAGGAGGACGCUGACGUGGAGUGGAAGUUUGCUCGUGCUAAGCUGUGGCUCUCCUACUUCGACGAGGGUCGCACUCUGCCCGCCCCCUUCAACCUGGUUCCCAGUCCGAAGUCCUUCUACUACCUGGUCCUGCGCAUCAGGUCCGGCCUUUUACGUCUCUGCAAGGUGGGCGGACAUCAGCGCAGGAAUGAGUUGGAGCUCGGUAUGCUCAACUCUCAGGCCAAGGGUGAACACUUCAGGUCCUACCCGCCCCUGGGAGACGAGUUCCACAACUUAUCCCGAAAUUCUAGAAAACAUCCAACCAGAUACGAGAAGAUCAUGAAGCGACUCAUUAAGCGUUACGUGCUCAAGGCCCAAGUGGACAGAGAGAGCGAUGAAGUCAACGAAGGUGAGCUGAAGGAAAUCAAGCAGGACAUUUCCAGCCUGCGUUACGAGCUGCUGGAGGACAAGUCGGAGGCUGCCGGGGAGCUGUCGCUGCUGAUUCAGCAACUCGCCGAGAAAUUUGGCAAGAACGCCACGAGGCCCUGACGGGACGGGAAGGACGCUCGAAAAAC